AUGACAAAAGGAAGAAGAAAAACGAAUUCUCAUGAGUUUUUCAAAAACUUUCCCAAAGAUUUAUUAACAGAAGUUCUUGCUCGCGUGGCCUCAGCAUCGUUUUCAGAUCUCUUCACAGCUAAAUUAAGUUGCAAGGAAUUUCUUGAAGUAGCAUCAGAGAACUAUAUUUUUGAGCAAAUCACACUAGAGAAAUUCCCAGUUAUACCAUGGAGGAUUAGCCACGAUGCCUCCUCUUUCUUGGACCGUUGCAAGGAGAAUGGAAAUCCUGAAGCUUUAUUUAGACAAGGAAUGGUUGAGUAUUUUAGUUCUAAGAAACCAGUAUCUGGAUUCCAAUACUUAAAGAACGCGGCAGAAAAAGGGCAUGCAGAAGCAACAUACGUAUGUGGUAUUAUCCUUGUAUGUUAUGGUGGGCAAUUUAAACAAGAGGGUUUAGAACUGCUUUCUUCUUUGAAGAGCUCCAAAUCAAUUAGACAGUGUAGAAACAAGCUAAAAGGAAUUGUUCGGAGCAUGUGGAUAGAUAAAAGUGAAGCUGGUAUUGGACCAGCAGAACCCAAGAGCCAUGGAAGAACAUGCAACUGUAGCAAAUUUACUAAGAGAGGAUGGAUUGAUGAAGAAGAUUUUCCUACUUGUGAUUCUUGCAUAUGGGAUCAUGAGGCAACUUUGUUUUGUAACAUUCUAAGGACUUCAGGCUUUGGAAUAUCGUAA